AGUAAAUGACUGGUUAUAAGACAAAAGGGGUUAUAAGACGCAGGCAAAAAAAUCCGUGAACAACUCAAAAAAAGCCCAAUUUAAAUCUAUGUUUUGGGUUUUAGAAUUUUUAAACGAUUUAUGUAAUUGAAAACUGGUUGUUGGCACCCAAUGGUGUAGGAUAUGUUUGUUUUCUUAAACAUAUAAGAAUUUAUAGAUAGUAAUACAAGUUGAUGUGUAGGUAGCUUUCGUAAAGAGCCAGCGUGGGAUUGCUUUUGAAAGGAAUGGGUCAAGGUAAAUGUCACUGUUACUAAAAAUUAAAUAAUGAUUUCAGCCCAACAACUUUUGUUAAAAUUGAUGGAAUAUAAACACAUAAGAUAAUUAACUAGAGUAAUUUUCAGUCACGACUCCUUUUGAUAAAGGCUGUUCCUUUUUUUCUUACUAAUACAAGGAACUAAUUGGCAAUAAUUUCUAACUGCACAUAUUAAAAACCUCUGCCAUUAAAACUAAGCCAUUAAGCAAGUCUAGUAAACCAAAUUAAUACACAGAGUUAUGUAAAAAGGAAACAGAGCAAUUUCAACAUAAAUGACUUAUAGAGCCCUGUCUCAAUGAAGUUAUUAGAAUAUAUAGCUUUAUGUACAAUACGGAAGAAAUAAAAAAGGUCUUCCUUUCAAAACUUAAAAACUGAAUUUAAACUAUGUAUAGGCUUCACAAUGCACUUGUCUCUCUAUUUAUGCCUUAAAGCUGGGUCACAAGUAGUCUUUCUUCCAUAUUUCAGUUGCUGAAUUGCGCGUGAACAACAUAAACUUUCAAGGUGUCACUACCUCACAGUUUUCUGUGAGCUGGGACAUACCGGAUGGGAAAGCACAAUAUAUUCAGACGUUUGUUUUGGAGUGGAUGCCAAAGGACACUACUAUUGGAGAUGGAGGAACUAAGACGCUAUCUGGCUCAACUACUACAGCCCUGCUUGAUAGAGAAAUAAGUGCAGGAAAAAGCUACGCUGUGAAAAUAACUUCUAUAAAUUUUCAACUGGGAGUGAACAGAUCAGAUUUUUCUUCAGCUGAUCAGGACGCAAAACCAAAUCCACCAACAUGGAAGGCAGUCACUGAUGUAAAUGCUGCCAAUGACAACACAAUAACAGUGUCAUGGAAUGCUCCAGAAGGAAGUGUCUCUCGUUUUAAUGUCAGUUUGCUUGACGGAUCCACAACAGUUGUUUCAACAGUGGUAUUCCAGCCAUUAACUUCUGUAAGCCUAACUUCAACUAAUAUAAAAAACGGAUACAGUUACAUUGUACAGAUAUUUAGCAAGAGCGAAAGCAACACUGUCGAAAGUGUUCCACUAACCCAUGAAAUAAAGACUGAAGUUAUAGCGCCGGGUCCUCCCACUGGAGCCAAUUGUAAGGAGAUUUCUGAUGAAUUCAUUACAGUUCAGUGGAAUGCUCCUGCAGUGCCAAAUGGAGAUCUCCGUCAAUACUUUGUUCAUGUUUAUAUUUCAUUUGGUCUAGUGAAAAUUGUCGGUACGGACACUGUUGUAAAUGAAUUAAAGGUCCUAAGUUUAAAACCUGGGACAUACUACAACUUCCGAGUGUACACAGAAAAUGAGAAAUACAACUCCUCUUUAUACGUACAAACAUCCUCCUGUCAAACAAAGCCAAAAAUGUGUGACGCACCACAGGAUCUUGCAAUUACGGGAGUUACAAGCAGAGCUUUCACAGUCUCUUGGAGGAGACCCAAUAAUACUUACAGUGAAGAAAUACUUGGUUAUGUUUUGCAGAUAAAGAAAGGAGAUUCAUGUGUGCAAGAAAUAAAAUACAAGUGUUCAAAUUGCAAGAGAAGCUUUGAUAGUACUCCAACAUCAAGUAAAGUUUGCAAUGGAGAACAUAGGAUGUAUGAAAGUAAAUCAAAGGAAGAGCUUCAAAACUCCACCUUGAGGUUUAGUAAUAAUACGUUUAAACCUGAUACUGACUACACCGUGUUAGUUGCUGUUGUAAAUGGUAUUGGAUGGGGUCAUCAGGCAGAACAGUCGGUUAGAUCCAGAGAAGAAGAACCUCAAAAGCCCCCCAAAGCAGUUUAUGUAUCUGACAUCGGGAAGACGUCUUUCAAUGUAUCAUGGAGUUUGAUUGGACCAAGACCGGGACGGGUCACAUACGCGGUGAUCCUAAUUGCAGACACGGGAGCUGAGUCCAAAACAUAUACUGUUAAAGGUUAUAAUAACACCACUCUGAUUGCUGAUGGACUAGAGGAGUAUUGGUUCUAUGAUGUGCGUGUCACAGCAAGAACUAAUGUAGGUGGUGCUAAAACAUCAGAUACCACACAAAAAUACAGGACUCUGCCUUCAGCACCUGGAUCGGUUACUGAGUUUGAAGCAGUUAAGGCUCAGCAGCGUUUUGACAAUUUCCGCAAAAUGACGAUCCAAUGGAAAGCUCCCUUGCUGUUGCAGCGCAACAGUGUGAUAAAGGAAUACGUGUUAAAACAAAAUGUUGGAAACACUACAUCUAGCUCAGGGGUUGGCGGAGAGUUUAAAACAAUUUCCUUCACAUCGGAGACUGGCAAUGGCUUUUACAGUAAAACGUUUGAUGUGAUACCUGAAUCAACGUACCAGUUUGAGGUGUAUGCUGUAAACACAGAGAGUAUAGAUAAUUUUGGGAAGAAAAUGACAAUUGAUGUAACAGCCCCAGCUGGAUUCCCUGUCAGUAUUGAAGAAUCUGACACAACUUUACAGGUUGUGAAAGAAGGCUCGAAAGACCAGACCGUCAUAAGUCUGAAUCUUGUGAGGGAGUUUUUCACUGAGCAAACUAAUGGACGAGUACAGAGGACCGCUUUGCUUGGGUGUGAAAUUAAUGCAUGUCCGCAAAGCUUAAGUGGGUAUGCAGAAACACAAGAAAAGGUUGAUGCUCUGAACAACUGGCAAAAGGCAUCACUAAACGGCUUGUACAGGAUCACCACAGAUGACUGGUUAACACAAAACAAGAGAAGGCGUCGAAGCACGUACACAAACGUCUCGUACACUGUAGGCACAGAGAAUUGUGAUGGUGUCCCGGAGGGCACAUACUGUAAUGGACCCCUUGAACCAGAGACGGAAUAUAUAUUUGUUGCCGUUGUCUGUACCAGCACGGGAUGUACACUCAGCAAAAAGUAUGGGCCUUUCAUCACAGAGGCAGCUCCUGUGAAUAUCGGCUUGAUAGUGGGUAUAGUGGUUGGGGUUGUUGCAGCCUUGGUAGUGGUUGUCAUUGUAGUAAUCUUCCUUUGCCGAAGAAGUACGAGCAAGGCUCCACUUAUGAACAGAGAACACAGUAUCGAGAAUUAUACUGACUCGGUCUCGAAUAAAGAUAACAUCCGCUUAAACCUCUGCGAAAAUGUUAUAUCAGGAAACAAAGGGAUCCUUAAAACUGCUGGCCAAAAGUACACUACAGUGAACAUCUCUGGCUUUAAGUCUGAAGAGGAUUAUAUGCUUUGCUCUGCCCCAAAGCCCGAUUACGUCAACCAAUUUUGGACAAUGGUUUUCGCGGAGGCAGUUGACACUAUUGUUAUGUUUGCUGGGAGCAAAACACCAAAGAAAGAAUUACGGUAUUGGCCAAUUAUUUUUAAUGAACCAAAGAACUACAGACAUGUAGAUGUGGAAGUAACAUAUCUGAGCACACACGCAGUUUAUACCCAUAUGAAAAUGAGCAUCUCAAACAUGAGAACCGCAAGGAAUAUUAAUCACUUUCAAUGUGCGCCAGUCUCCACGUUCAGUUCAGAUGGAUUCGUUGACCUUGUAAAGUCUGUGAGAGCGAACGUAAAGGCAGGACGAAUUCUCAUACAUUCUAGCGAAGGACUCGGAUCAGCCGUUCCAUUUGUGGUUUUGGAUAUGUGUUUGCAACAGCUAACAAAUGGCUCUUUGACACAGAAAGUUGACGUGUAUGAAAUGUUGGUGAAUAUUGUAAAGACCCGCAAAGACCUUUUGCCCUCACAGGAGUUGUUUAUCCUUACACAUGACAGCGUCAGACAUCUUGGUAGUUGUAACUACGAACCGCUUCAAAGUUCAGAAGAAAUUGAAAGUGUUUACCAAACUCUACAAGUGAAUGACUGAUGUACUCAAUUCUGCUGGAUUUAUCCAUAAUCUUAGGAUUUACAGCACAGUUAUGCCUAUUUAUUUAAUGCUUAUAAACUGAAUGUGUGAGAAUAUAUAAACUUUUAUAAAUGUUUGUUCCAUUGCAGUUACGUUGUUGAUUGUUGUUGUAUAUAAACAGUUGUCUAUUUGGAUAUUUUUUCAGAAAAUAGUUUGUAUUUAAACAUGUUAUGGGCAUUUCUCCACGAAAUUGCAUUGAUAUUCCAAUUGUUUAUUACACAUUUUGUAUUCGAUUUCAUCAAUUAACUAUAUCGUUUUGGACACACUAUUCAUGAAUAUGCAGUGCCUAUAUCAAAUUUGGAAAGUUAAUAUGUCUAAGCAGGGCCAAUACAGAAAACAGAAACCGUACGUAAGUCAUUAGAGAAUAAAACCAUUGAUUGAUUUCAAACAUGGGUGAAUACGGAAUAAGAGAAUUUUGUUUGGCUUGAACGUACGGGCUCAGGCAAGAAAUCGUAUGAAAUGCACAGUAGAUGGGAAAACUGCAGUGCAUUGUUAUGUCAUCCAUGAAAGAAAACCUAUAUUCUUAUUGCUUUUAUCAAUUUUUAUUAAUCUUGUAAAUUGCCUUGUUUAUAAAAAUACAUGGGUACGAAAAGUGUUACAAGUGGAAUUAUUAUUGUUAUCAAUUUAAAAAAGGGAAUAUGAAAGAAAGGCCAUGCGAUUUAUAUGAAACGUUUAAGGUAUAUUUAGAGUAAAAUUAUUACUUUGAAACAUUUAAAUGCAAUUUGUAAACAUAUUUUAAAGGUAUGGAUUUUGGUAUUCGUUACAAAAUAUGGAAAAUCGAUCGAAGGUGUCUUUCAAAAUAUUAAGCUUAUUAAGGGAAACACGUAUGAAAACAAAUGAUAUUACCAAACAAUGUUUGAAGUCUACACACUUAACAAGAUGUAUGGUAAGUU